CAGCUUCCGGGGUAAACGGAAAACAGCAGAACAGGAGGAAGGAGUGUGCAGGACGCUAAUAAAUCAGUCUUAUUGUUUGUUAUCCAGUUUAUAAUAUUUACGGCGUAUAAAAUACAUAUUUGAUUCUUUAUUUAAGGAUAAAGUGGUCUCAAUGCGCUAGAAGCACUGUGCCGCUUCUCGUGCUAUCUUUGCUUGUUAGUUAGCUUAGCUGGCUAGUUAGCUUAGCUUGUUAGCUGCUAACAGAAGACACAGAAGUUAUCAACACAUCGCUAAGUAGAGAUCAAGUGUGAGAGUAAAGUGUUGUGAUUGUGUGAAAAUGUGCGAAAGAAGGAUAGCAAAGUAUGAGGAGGAACUUUGUCCAACAAAAGAGGAGAAGGAGCGACAACAUCAACUACUGGACGCUGUUUUCAAGAAACAUCAAGUUGUGUUACACAGAACAGACAUCGAUGAAGAACAUCUUCCUCAUGAGCAGGAGGAUGAACCACAGUACCCCCACAUACACGAGGAAGAAAAGGUACCACAUUCCCAACACAUCAAAGAAGGAGGAGAGGAGUCAAAGCCCACCCACAUUAAAGAGGAAGACGAGACGCCACACACCCAUAAUGUUAAACUGACCUUUCACAUUGAAGGGCUAGCGGAGGACCCACUCAUCUUACACAUCAAAAAGGAAGAGGAGGACCUACUGACCCCUUACUUUAAGGGGCAAAAGAACCAGCUGACCCCUCACAUUAAAAGGAAAGAGGAAGAAGAGGACCAAGAGCCGCCACACAUUAAAGAGGAAGAGGAGGAAGAGGGCAUCAGUCAGCCUAAAUGGUUGGAGGAGUUCCCAGUGACUGGUGUCCCUGUGAAGAGUGAAGAUGAUGAGGUGAAAGGUGAAAGUGAGGAGAGGGGAGGGGGGGAGCCUCCAAGCAGCAGCUCAACACAACACAUGACAACAGAAGCUGAUGGAGACCACUGUGGAGGAUCACAAGCAGACAAGCUCUUAGCUCCACUAUCAGAUAGUGAGGACACAACGUCACACUCUCCUGACACUGAUGAUGAAGACUCUAAAGAUGAUAAGACAUGUCACACUGACAACAUUCACUUCACAUCUUCUCACUAUCACAAAACCUUUAAAUACUAUAGUCUUCUGAAAAGACACAUGAGAACACACACUGGAGAAAAACCUUUUUCUUGUUCACUCUGUGGUAAAGGUUUUACACAAAGUAUCCAUUUGAAAAGACACAUGAGAACACACACUGGGGAAAAAACUUUUUCUUGUUCACUCUGUAGUAAAGGUUUUACACAAAGUAUCCAUUUGAAAAGACACAUGAGAACACACACUGGGGAAAAAACUUUUUCUUGUUCACUCUGUAGUAAAGGUUUUACACAAAGUAUCCAUUUGAAAAUACACAUGAGAACACACACUGGUGAAAAACAUUUUUCCUGUUUAAUCUGUGGUAAAGGUUUUACAGAAAGUCAGAGUUUGAAAGUACACAUGAGAAGACACACUGGUGAAAAACCUUUUGUCUGUUCAAUCUGUGGUAAAGGUUUUACUAGCAGUCAAUGUUUGAAAAGACACACAAGAACACACACUGGUGAAAAACCUUUUCCCUGUUCAAUUUGUGGUAAAAGUUUUAGAGAAAGUCGCAAUUUGAAAGUACACACGAGAACACACGCUGGUGAAAAACCUUUUCCCUGUUCAAUUUGUGGUAAAAGUUUUAUAGAAAGUCAGAAUUUGAAAAGACACAUGAGAAGACACACUGGUGAAAAACCUUUUUCCUGUUCAACCUGUGGUAAAGGUUUUACACAAAGUCACGAUUUGAAAGUACACAUGAGAACACACACUGGUGAAAAACCUGUUUCUUGUUCAACCUGUGGUAAAGGUUUUACUGCAAGUCAGAAUAUGAAAAGACACAUGAGAACACACACUGGUGAAAAAUCACAUUCCUGUUCAAUCUGCAACAGAAGCUUUGGUGACCGAUCAACCCUUGUAAGACACAUGAGAAGACACCCAGGAGAGAAAGUGUUGAGUUGCAGUGUGUGUGGUGAAAGAUUGUCUUCUAAGUACCAGUGUAAGAAACACAAGUGUGCUGGUGAGAACAGCAGCAGCAAAUGAAACUGCAGGAUUUGAAAUAAACUGUCCAGACUUUCAUUUUGACUUUCUAACAACAUCAGCACAUAUAACAUGUGUGACAUUGUUGUUUGUCUAACAAUCUGUUUAAUAUGAUUCUACAUUUAUAGAUUAGAUAUUUUAUAUUAGUGCUUUUUUCAGUCGAGCACAUACAUUAAUAUGCAAUAUUGUGUACUUUUAUUAAAAAAUGGACAGAACAAUUUAAGUAAAAAGGUGGGAGUAAACAGUACGGGAAAUAUUUUACAUGCAAUAAACAUUUUAUGUGUGUGUGUGUAUAUAUCUAUAUAUGUAUUCUGUAUAGUCAACAUAUAAUUUUAGACUUAUUCAUAUGAAAUAUGAAAUUAUUACAUAUUUGUAUUUCUAAUUGUUAAUAAUCCCAUAGAUUAUCACCUUUAUAUGAUAUACAUAUGUACUGGUUCACAUCUGAAACAUCUUCUGGACCACUUCAGGAAGCAUAUUAUUAUUUACUUUAUACAUCAUUUAAACAAUACAAUUUUAAAAUGUGUGACUUUUUGAAUCAUCUGUUGGGUCUCUUUAAUCUAUUUUAUUCAUUAUAUUUUUUACUCUGUAUUAUGAUGAUUGUGUUGUGAUUGUUAUAUAUGUAUGUCCCCAGACCUUUAUGCAAUAUAAAAGUGAGAGAAAAUGGCAGAUUUAUUCGUGGAAGGAUGGCUAAGUUUUUACAUUUGUGGAUACAUCAAAUAAAUCAAGUAUUGUGUUUUAAAUAUUUUUUAGGUUUUUUGUUUUAUUUUAACAUCCCCAAAACAACAUCAAUAUCAGUCAAAGUUUGGAGUGUCAGGCAAAAGCCAAUAUUGUACAUCAUCCCACUUUGCAUACAUUCAUAAAAUAAACUGUUUAUUUUGUUUCCCUAUCACAAAAAUGAACAAGUGUUGUCUUCAAUUGC